AUGGCCGAUCGGCCACUCACCGGCGUACCUGUUCGCCUGACUUGCAAAUACAUCGGCAAGCGUACGAUGAAGGGCGCCCACUUCGACACCGCCUUCAUCGUCGAUCCAGAGCUUGCGAUCGAUGGCCGCUGUCAAGACCCGGUUUACCUAGUCUCUCGGUCAACGCGCGGCGGGAAGCCUAAUGCAAGCAUCGUUAGUGUUGACAAGAUUCGCCGUGCUUGUCAUCCGGUCCCGAAGUAUGACAGGGCAGUAGACAGACGACUUACGAAGGAUAACGCGCUCGAUACUGCGACCGACUUAUGUGUGAACUUGUACAUAUCCGUAGACCAUAGGACAUUACCAGAAUAA